UAAAUCUCCUCGGACACGUAUACGGUAGAACCCGAUACGUAUCCCUUCUUGACACGUGUCCUACCUCUUUACUGUUAUAUAAACCUCAAGUCUCUCAACCGUUUUCUCAUUACUCCAUCCUCUGCAAAUCAUCAGAGUCAGUCAGUUUCUUUGUGUUUCUCGCAGUUUACGCUUCGUUAUUUUGUCCCUUUCGCCGAAAAUUUUCCAGGAAUCAGAGAGAAAAUAUGGGUCGUUUUUGGACUCUGCUUACACACGUCCACGCACUUGCAGGACCAGUGUUGAUGCUGCUGUACCCAUUGUAUGCAUCAGUGAUAGCAAUUGAGAGUCCUUCAAAAGUGGACGAUGAGCAGUGGCUUGCAUACUGGAUCUUGUAUUCCUUCCUAACUCUUACCGAGAUGGUCCUUCAAUCCGUUCUAGAGUGGAUACCGAUAUGGUACUCGGUGAAGUUAGCGCUGGUGGCAUGGCUAGUUCUGCCACAAUUCAGAGGAGCAGCUUUUAUAUACGAGAGAUUCGUGAGACAGAAGAUCAAGCAAUACCAUCAACAGCGUGAGAAGUCUCCCAACAGCAAAGGAAAGAACAAGUUUGUGGAUUUCAUCAUACCCAAGAAAGGAGAGCAGGAGGCUUACUGAAGACAGAUUGCUGUCUCUGUGUGUGUGGAUCUUCUUUGUGUUUUCUUGUGGUAUAGGCAUAAUAGCUUUAGACCAAUGGAAAAGGUUUUCUUUAUGACUUUAUGUGGCUCUCAAUCGACCUCUUCAUCCACGUCUACUCUAUGAAUAGAGACCAUGUUGAAAGCUUCGAUUGUGUUGAUGUUUUUCAAGUUUGUGGGUCCGUUAAUAGUAGUAAUCCACCGUCUGAUUUUCUUUAAAUCUUACGUAAAGAUGAUUCUGGGUUAUGAGUCAUGCGAGUAUGGAUGGGAAAAAAAAUCAGAUAUUGAUCGGACGACAUCACA